AUCUGAACCUUCACUUCUCAUCCUUUACCCAUACAUAUCCCUACAGAAAAAUGGCUAUCCAUAGACUACUAAGCCUCAUUGCCCUUUUAUUUGUAGCCGGAGGAGCCCUGCCCAGAAAUGUAAGAGCUCAAGCUCCGGUGGCAGAUGUUGUGACCCAGGCAUUCUUUGAUGGGAUCAUUAACCAGGCUGCUGCAGAUUGUGCUGGGAAGAACUUCUACACACGACAAGCUUUUCUGGAUGCUGUCAGCUCAUAUUCUGAUUUCGGUCAGUUCGGUACGGCUGACGACUCUAAACGUGAAAUCGCAGCUUUCUUUGCUCAUGUCACUCAUGAGACUGGGCAUUUCUGCUACAUAGAAGAGAUAAACAAAGCCACCUACUGCGAUCCAAGCUAUACAAACUAUCCAUGCAACCCCAACAAACAGUACUACGGUCGUGGACCGCUCCAACUAACAUAUAACUACAACUAUGGAGCUGCGGGAAACAGCAUUGGAUUCGACGGCUUAAACUCGCCAGAAAGCGUAGCCUCAGACCCCGUUCUUGCAUUCAAGACUGCCCUGUGGUUUUGGAUAACCAAUGUUCGUCCAGUUAUAAGUCAAGGAUUUGGAGCCACAAUUCGAGCUAUUAAUGGCGCUGUAGAAUGUGAUGGCAAACAGCCUGCCCUAGUUCAAGCCCGCAUCAACUAUUACACUGAUUAUUGCACCCAACUUGGCGUUGAUCCUGGCACUAAUCUCUCCUGCUAGCUCUCCAAUUUUAAUUAGGUUCAUUAAUUGCUCUUCUUAGUUUCCUUCUAUCUAUGCAACUAAAAGCAUAUUUAGAAUGACUAAGUAGUGCAGCCUGAAAAUAAAAAAUAAAGGCCAAUAGGACUACCUCCUUUAAUAUCGCUUGUAUCAAAAGACGACUACCUCAUGUUGUGUAGUCGACGGAAUAAUAAAAUAAAAAGCUAGCGCAAUAAAAAGCACAGCGUGCUUAGAAGGUUACCAAUGUUGGUUCUAUGAUCAUAUAUGUAUUGAAAUUUAGUCCUUUAA